AUGGCUCCCAAGUUAACAAGCCUCAACGGCCGUGUUGCCAUCAUUACGGGCGCAGGAGGAGGUCUUGGUCGCGAGUACGCCUUGCUACUCGCAGCAUACGGGGCGCGAGUCGUCGUGAAUGACUACGGCGGUUCUCUCAGCGGAGAACGAGGCACAGUCUCCCGUGCACAGGGUGUCGUUGACGAAAUCAAGGCGGCAGGUGGCGAGGCUAUCGCCGACGGCCAUGAUAUCUCCAUCCAGGACGAGGUCAAGGCCCUCGUUCAGGCGACCUUGGACAGUUAUGGAACGGUGGACAUAUUGGUCAACAAUGCAGGCACUGCAGGUUCAAUCAGUAGCCACGACAACGUCAAUGUGGCUUCCUUCCGCCGGACGUGGGAGAUUGCUGCCCUUGGAACCAUCAUGCUUAUCAGUGCCGUCUAUCCUACUAUGGAGAAAAAUGGGUACGGACGCAUCAUCACAACGGGGUCGGAUAGCCUCUUUGGAAUGGGCGCCGGAGGAGACGGUGGCUACACGUCAAGCAAGGGAGCUGUCUUUGGUCUCACGAGAGACAUUGGGCGUAUGAGCCCUAAGCAUGGCAUCAAAAUCAACGGAGUCAUGCCCUCUGCCGCCUCUCGAAUGUCCGACCUCUCAGAGGUCAUCAAGCGCAUCACUCGGCAGUUCUACAAGCCAGAACUGGUGGCUGACUUUGUUGUUGCUCUAGCCAGCGAGCAGUGCCCAGUCUCUGGCGAGCUCUUCAGUGUUGGCGGCGGGCGAGCUGCAAGGGUCGUGAUGGCAACAGUUCCUGGUCAUGUCGGCUACCUGGCCAACUGGGACAAGGUCAUGGGUUCCUCGGCAGAUGUCUACAUCCCUACGGACACAUUAGAUGUAGUUUCCUACGCUAUCAAGCAAGCCACGGGCGAGGAUGUGGGUAGAUUAGAACUGUGA